UCCAAAUCCAAACCUAUCUAUCUCAGUCAGUUUAUUGCUCUUGAACUCAUAACAAAAAAUACCUUUGCUCAUUGUCUUUUACAUUUGAUUCUUGAAUUGAUCUCUUCUUCUUAUUUCCGUUUUUAUUAAUUUGUCUUGCAGUUGUUUGCUAUUUUCCAUUCUUAUUUCAAAAAAAAAAAAAAACCAAAAACCAAAAACCAAAACUCAAAAAUAGUGAUGGAAAGUUUUAUGUAUUUUUAAUUUGUACUCACUCACUCUGUUCAUUUAAAAGAUUGGAGUUUCUUCAACUUAUAGAGAGUAGUAGAUCAUUAAGUUUCUGCUUUUUUAAGCCAUUUUGUAUGUUAGAUCGCUCCAUCAAUAGCACCAGAUUUUGACUCAAGUCACAAGGAAGAACAGAAGAAAAGAAAAUCAAUGGAAAUUUUAACUUCUAUUGUUGGAAAAAUAACAGAAUAUACCGUUGAGCCUAUUGUACGUCAAGCAAAUCACUUGAUAUUCUACAAAGGUAACUUCAAGAAAUUAAAAGAUAGUGUUGAACACCUUGAGGAUACAAGAGAAAGAAUAAUCCAUAAGGUUGAAAGUGAAACCCGAAAUGGUAAAGUAAUUGAAAAAGAUGUUACAGAUUGGUUGGUGAAAGUGGACAAGGUCAUUGAAAAGGCAAAAUGGCUUCAAAACGAUCCUCGUCAUCCCAAUGUUAGGUGCUCAGCAUGGUCAUUCCCCAACUUGAUUUUACGUCAUCAACUAAGUAGGAAAGCUACAAAAAUUAAAAACGAUGUUGUUCAAGUUCAAAGUCAGGAGAGUUUUGAUCAAAUUGGCUACCUUCCCCCUCUAGAUGUAGUAGCCUCAUUCCCAACAAGAGAUGAUGAAAAGUACGACACAAGGGAGUUGCUUAAGGAAGACAUUGUCCAGGCUUUAGCAGAUCUUAAUUCACACAACAUUGGGGUCUAUGGGUUGGGUAGAGUGGGGAAGACCACUCUGGUGGAGAAAGUUGCUCAAAUAGCCAAGGAAAAUAAAUUGUUCGAUAAAGUGGUUAAGGCAGAAGUAUCGAAAAAACUAGACAUUAGAAGAAUUCAAGGGGAGAUUGCAGAUUUCUUGGGUCUGCGAUUUGAAGAGGAGAGUAAUCGUGGCAGAGCAGAACGCCUUAGACAAAGAAUCAAGAUGGAGAAAAGUAUCCUUAUCAUUCUAGAUAACAUAUGGACCAUACUUGAUUUGAAAGAAGUGGGGAUACCAGCUGGUGAUGAACAUAAUGGUUGCAAAUUGUUGAUGACAAGUAGAAAUCAAGAUGUGUUGCUGCAAAUGGAUGUUCCAAAGGAUUUCACUUUCAAAGUUGAACUUAUGAGUGAAAACGAGACAUGGAGCUUGUUUCAAUUUAUGGCAGGGGAUGUGGUUAAAGAUAGAACUUUGAAAGAUGUAGCAUAUCAAGUUGCCCAAAAAUGUGAAGGUUUGCCUCUUAGGGUAGUGACAGUAGCGCGUGCAAUGAUAAAUAAGAGGGAUGUUGAAUCUUGGAAAGAUGCAUUAAGGAAAUUACAAAGUAAUGAUCAUACAGAGAUGGAGCCUGGAACUUAUUCUGCUUUGGAAUUGAGUUACAACUCAUUGGAGAGUGAUGAAAUGAGGGAUCUCUUCUUGCUUUUUGCAUUAAUGCUAGGUAAUGAUAUAGAGUACUUUCUCAAAGUUGCAAUGGGGUUGGACAUAUUGAAGCAUGUUAAAGCCAUGGAUGAUGCAAGAAACAGACUUUACUCAAUAAUAAAAUCUUUGGAGGCGAGAUGUCUUUUGCUUGAAGUUAAAACAGACAGAAAUAUCCAAAUGCAUGACUUUGUUUGUGAUUUUGCUAUCUCCAUAACACGUAGGGAUAAACAUGUACUUCUAAGAGAACAAUCUGAUGAGGAAUGGCCAACCAAGGAUUUUUUUAAAAGGUGCACACAGAUCUUUCUCAAUGAGUGAUAUAUUCAUGAGCUUCCUCAAACGAUUGAUUGUCCAAACAUUAAGCUUUUCUGGUUGUGCAGUAAGAAUAAAUCAUUAGAAAUCCCGGAUACUUUUUUUGAGGGUAUGAAAAGCCUUAGAGUGCUAGAUUUAUCAUGUCUGCACUUGUCAUCAUUACCCACAUCAUUUCGGUUACUAACAGAACUUCAAACAUUGUGUUUGGAUUUUUGUAUUUUGGAAAAUAUGGAUGCAAUAGAAGCUUUGCAAAAUUUAGAAAUUCUUAGACUCUGGAAUUCUUCAAUGAUCAAGUUGCCAAGAGAAAUAGAGAAAUUGACUCAAUUGAGAAUGCUUGAUUUGAGCCGUUCAGGAAUAGAAGUAGUCCCACCCAACAUCAUAUCAAGCUUGACUAAAUUGGAGGAGUUGUACAUGGGUAAUACCUCUAUUAAUUGGAAAGAUGUGAGUUCAACGGUUCAUAAUGAAAAUGCUAGUCUUGCCGAACUUCGAAAACUACCCAAAUUGACAGCUCUAGAAUUACAAAUUCGUGAGACUUCGAAAACUAUCCAAAUUGACUUGCAAUUGGUGUUUGAGAAGCUGGAAAGAUAUAAAAUAGCUAUUGGAGAUGUAUGGGACUGGUCUGACAUUGAAGAUGGAACCUUAAAAACAUUGAUGCUCAAACUUGGUACAAACAUACCUUUGGAGCAUGGGAUUAAAACAUUGAUUAAAGGUGUUGAGAAUUUGUACUUGGAUGAUGUAAAUGGAAUUCAGAAUGUGCUUUAUCAACUAAAUGGGGAAGGAUUUCCAUUUCUGAAACAUCUCCACGUCCAAAAUAAUGCAAACUUGAAGCACAUUGUUGACUCUAAAGAGAGGAAUCGAAUCCAUGUGUCCUUUCCCAUCUGGGAAACACUUAAACUUCUUAAUCUUAAAAACUUGGAGCAUAUAUGUCAUGGUCAAUGUAACAGCCCGAUUUUUAGCUAGAUUUAUUUUAAUUACUUUUAA